AUGGAUUGCAGUGGAAUGGACUUGAGUGGAGUGGAAUGGACUGGAGUGGAAUGGAAUGGAGCAGUCGAGUGGAGUGGAAUUUACUGGAGUGGAGUGCAGUGGAAUGGAAUGGAAUGGAAUGAAGUGGAGUUGAGUGGAGUGGAGUGGAUUGAAGUGGAAAGGAAAGGAGUGCAAUGGAAUGCAGUGAAAGGAGUUCAAUGCAAUGGACGAAAUGGAACACAACGGAAUGGAACAAAACGGAACGGAACGGAAUGGGUGCUGAGAUUGUUCCACUGCACUACAGCCUGUGUGACAGAGGGAGAUCCUGUUGAAAGAAAGGAGUGGAAUGGGAUGGCGUGGAGUGGAAUUGAGUGGAAAGGAGUGGAGUGGAUUAGGGUGGAAUGA